CGCAGAGCGCACUGGAGCCCUGGCCAGCGCGCAGCCAUCCGAAGCUUGGGUCUUUUCUUGGGAGUUCUCCAUUGCUUCGACUCACUUAUUUAUACACACCACUGGAUCUUACAUGCUUCUGUAUCCCUCCACUUCUACUCCAUGUCCCCAUGCCACUGUGCCAGCAACAGGACAAACGCUCUGGAUGUCCGCUGAGUUCCGAAGGUAACUGCAUGUCCGUGGCGAGGCCUUAGUGGAACCCCAAGGCUCCCGGAGACCCCCAUCUCCCCUCCUUUUUUUUCUGUGUGUGCCUGUGUCCUCACUGAACAUUCAAAACUGUUUCUCCAAAGGGUCUUGCAAAAACUCAGACUGUUUCCCAAAGCAGAAGCGCUGGCGUCCACAGCAGAAGCAAUGGGCAGUGUGCGCACCAACCGCUACAGCAUCGUCUCUUCGGAAGAAGACGGCAUGAAGUUGGCCACCAUGGCCGUGGCCAAUGGCUUUGGGAACGGGAAGAGCAAGGUGCACACGCGCCAGCAGUGCCGGAGCCGCUUUGUGAAGAAGGACGGCCACUGCAAUGUGCAGUUCAUCAACGUGGGCGAGAAGGGGCAGCGGUACCUGGCGGACAUCUUCACCACGUGCGUGGACAUUCGCUGGCGGUGGAUGCUGGUGAUCUUCUGCCUGGCCUUCGUGCUGUCCUGGCUCUUCUUUGGCUGUGUGUUUUGGUUGAUAGCCCUGCUCCACGGGGAUCUGGAUGCAUCCAAGGAGAGCAAAGCCUGCGUGUCGGAGGUCAACAGCUUCACGGCCGCCUUCCUCUUCUCCAUCGAGACGCAGACCACCAUCGGGUACGGCUUCAGGUGCGUCACGGACGAGUGCCCCAUCGCCGUGUUCAUGGUGGUGUUCCAGUCCAUCGUGGGCUGCAUCAUCGACGCCUUUAUCAUCGGCGCCGUCAUGGCGAAGAUGGCCAAGCCCAAGAAGAGGAACGAGACGCUGGUGUUCAGUAACAACGCCGUGAUCGCCAUGCGCGACGGCAAGCUGUGCUUGAUGUGGCGGGUGGGCAACCUGCGCAAGAGCCACUUGGUGGAGGCCCACGUGCGGGCGCAGCUGCUCAAAUCGCGAAUCACAUCCGAGGGGGAGUACAUCCCGCUGGAUCAGAUCGACAUCAACGUCGGCUUCGACAGCGGCAUCGACCGCAUCUUCCUGGUGUCGCCCAUCACGAUCGUGCACGAGAUCGACGAGGACAGCCCUCUGUACGAUCUCAGUAAGCAGGACAUCGACAACGCGGACUUUGAGAUCGUGGUGAUCCUCGAAGGCAUGGUGGAGGCCACGGCCAUGACCACGCAGUGCCGGAGCUCCUACCUGGCCAACGAGAUCCUCUGGGGCCACCGCUACGAGCCCGUGCUCUUCGAAGAGAAGCAUUACUACAAAGUAGACUAUUCCCGCUUCCACAAGACUUACGAAGUCCCCAACACCCCGCUUUGCAGCGCCCGGGACUUAGCGGAGAAGAAGUACAUCCUCUCCAAUGCGAAUUCCUUUUGCUACGAAAAUGAGGUUGCCCUCACGAGCAAAGAGGAAGAUGACAGUGAAAACGGGGCUCCUGAAAGUCCCAGUACGGAUUCACCCCCUGACCUGGAUCUGCACAACCAGGCCAGCGUCCCCUUAGAGCCCAGGCCCCUAAGGCGAGAAUCGGAGAUAUGACUGCCGGGGUUCCUGGGCUGGGAUCUGCUUCACUUGGCCACGCAGUGUGUUGGUCAAAGGCCUGAAACAGUUACAGAGACCACGGCACUGGUUCAGAGGCGGGACGAGGCAUGCGCCCAGCGGGCACUAAGGCUCGCCAAGGGGUUUCCAGGAAAAGACUGCAAGCGCCAUGAUGGGUGGAAUGCACUUAGCACGCCUCCGUGUGACCCCAAGGCACCUGCGUGUUGUAGAAUAAGUUAUGGGUGGUUGUUGUUGUUGUUGUUUUGUUUUGUUUUGUUUUUUUGAAAUGUGUUGUUUUGUGUUUUUACAAAACUUGAAUCUGCAGACAAGCCUUGCUUGGAUAUUCAAUGUAUCCAGAAUGCUUCUCUUUAGGGGAACAAGAAUGUUUUUAAUGGCAUAACAAAGGCAGCACUCUGCCUUAAUUUUAUGAAAAGCUGCUAACUACGUGAACACAGAUCGUGUAUUUGUUGCCGUGUAGUUUUUCUUUUGUGUAAUUUAAAAGUCAGUGUUGAACUCGGUUGAAAGCUCACGAUGUGAUUCAAAGUGGCAAGUAUUUGGCUAUGAACUGCCAAAAUAAGAGCCUGGUUUUCUGAGGCUAGUAAUUUGUGCUAGGAUUGAUCUCUUUAUCUCUCUGUCUCUGUCUUUCUU